GGACGGGGCGGGGCGGCCGAGCCGCGGGAAGGGUGCGGGGCCAGGGUGGAGGAAGUGAAGGGUUUGGACCCGGUGGCUCUGAGAGGCCUUCUGAGUUUAACAGGCUUCGCUUAUGGCCGGGCGGCUGGCGACACAGAUCGGGCUCAGAGCUUCUUCCCCGGGAGGCAGGUGUUGGGUGUCUUCGAGGUCUCCGGGGGAAACCGGAGAAGAGCUCUAAGUGCUUCCCCAAGGGAGGCCUCAGUGAGGGCCUGUUCUGGAAGCACGAGUGGCGGCCAAUGUUGGGGGCUCACCCCGGCCUCUUCUUCUGCCGGGUACACGAGAUAGCGCUGGGAAGCGGGCAUCGCCGGGCGGUGGGUUCUCCCCCGCACUCUUUGUUCCAUGGCCUAGGCUUUUUGAAAGGAGCACUUCGCUGCAGAGCGGAGUCACCUUCUUUCCCAGGACCGCCAAGCCGGGAUCAAACGUUGAGAUCGGAGGCUUCUUUGACUAGAUGCAAAGUUGUCACGCGGAGAAGCGCUCUUGGACCUAGGCCAGGACAUUUGUGAUCCGGACUUGAUGCUUAUUUACUUUUGGCCUAUUCUUAUGCAAAUUUUUUGUUAGCUGCUCUCUAGCGCUGACACCCUUCCCUGGGCAUUCUUCAUACAGUCAGUAUUUGACUUGGCUUUUCUUGAAAGGGUUCCCUUGAUUACCUCGUUUAGAUAAAUCAAAUAGGUCUUUCUUACUAGUUCAUUAACAGCUCCCUUAAUUGGGUUGUAAUCUCAUCACUGGAAGAGUGGAUGUCAUUAGAAUCUGACAAAUGUGCUAUAGUCCCCAGUUCCACUGUACACUAUUAUACUUCUGACCCUAAGCAAGUUGCUUGACCUCUCUGCACCUGCAUACUCUAUCUGUAGUGUGAAAGGUUUAAAAUAGGUUAUAUACAGCCUGGUUUGAAAAAGAUGGUAGUCUCUAAAUUGUCUCUUCACUGGACAGGAAAAAUUCUCUCUGAACUACUUUUUUCUCCUUGUGGUAACAGCAGAAACCAAGCAGCAACAGCCCUUGGAGAGACACUAAGCUUUCUUGACCUCUACAGUGGCACAGUGGCAAAGAGCUUGAGAAAGUUGGCACUUCUGGGCUACACCAUUGUCAUCCAGGACAUUAGUGCCUCCCUCUUUGUUCCUCUGAGACCGUCCAGAUCAGCACCUGUUUAUUUUCAAAUCUCACAAACCCCACCCCAGAUCUUCAUAGUUUGGUUCUCAGCUGCUCUUGAAGGACAGCGAGUGACUUAUUACCACCACCACAACAGAGCCUGCCUUCUCCAGCAGAUCUCCAGUCAGCUCCCGACAUCAUCCCCACCCCCUUCUCCCUUGUGGCCUCCUAAAUGCCCAUCUCAUUAGCCUGGGUUCAUCCGGUGGUAUGGAGGGGUGCUGCCUAGCACUGACCUGGGAGUGUGUGUGACCCUCUGACCCAAUGGACAUCAAAGGCCAGUUCUGGAAUGAUGAUGAUUCGGAGGGAGAUAAUGAAUCAGAGGAAUUUCUCUAUGGAGUUCAGGGGAGCUGUGCAGCUGACCUCUAUCGACACCCACAGCUUGAUGCAGACAUUGAAGCCGUGAAGGAGAUCUACAGUGAGAACUCUGUAUUCAUCAGAGAAUAUGGAACUAUCGAUGACGUGGACAUUGACCUCCACAUCAACAUCAGCUUCCUCGAUGAGGAAGUUUCUACAGCCUGGAAGGUCCUCCGGACAGAACCUAUUGUGUUGAGGCUGCGAUUUUCUCUCUCCCAGUACCUCGAUGGACCAGAACCAUCGAUUGAAGUUUUCCAGCCAUCGAAUAAGGAAGGAUUUGGGUUGGGUCUUCAGUUGAAGAAGAUCCUGGGUAUGUUUACAUCCCAACAAUGGAAACAUCUCAGCAAUGAUUUCCUCAAGACCCAGCAGGAAAAGAGGCAUAGCUGGUUCAAGGCAAGUGGUACCAUCAAGAAGUUCCGAGCUGGCCUAAGCAUCUUCUCACCCAUCCCCAAGUCUCCCAGCUUCCCUAUCAUACAGGACUCCAUGCUGAAAGGCAAACUGGGUGUACCAGAGCUUCGGGUUGGACGCCUCAUGAACCGUUCCAUCUCCUGCACCAUGAAGAACCCCAAAGUGGAGGUUUUUGGCUACCCUCCCAGCCCCCAGGCAGGUCUCCUCUGCCCCCAGCACGCAGGCCUCCCUCCCCCAGCACGGACCUCUCCUUUGGUCAGUGGUCACUGCAAGAACAUCCCCACUCUGGAAUAUGGAUUCCUUGUUCAGAUCAUGAAAUAUGCAGAGCAGAGGAUUCCAACGUUGAAUGAGUACUGUGUAGUGUGUGAUGAGCAGCAUGUCUUUCAGAAUGGGUCAAUGCUCAAGCCAGCUGUUUGUACUCGCGAACUGUGUGUUUUCUCCUUCUACACAUUGGGAGUCAUGUCUGGAGCUGCAGAGGAGGUGGCCACUGGAGCAGAGGUGGUGGAUCUGCUGGUGGCCAUGUGUAGGGCAGCUCUGGAGUCCCCUAGAAAGAGCAUCAUCUUUGAGCCUUAUCCUUCUGUGGUGGACCCCACUGAUCCCAAGACUCUGGCCUUUAACCCUAAGAAGAAGAAUUAUGAGCGACUUCAAAAAGCUCUGGAUAGUGUGAUGUCCAUCCGGGAGAUGACCCAGGGCUCAUAUCUGGAAAUCAAGAAGCAGAUGGACAAGCUGGAUCCCCUGGCCCAUCCUCUCCUGCAGUGGAUCAUCUCUAGCAACAGGUCACACAUUGUCAAACUACCUCUCAGCAGGCAGCUGAAGUUCAUGCACACCUCACACCAGUUCCUCCUGCUGAGCAGCCCUCCUGCUAAGGAGGCUCGGUUCCGGACCGCCAAGAAGCUCUAUGGCAGCACCUUUGCCUUCCAUGGGUCCCACAUUGAGAACUGGCAUUCGAUCCUGCGCAAUGGGCUGGUCAAUGCAUCCUACACCAAACUGCAGCUGCAUGGAGCAGCCUAUGGCAAAGGCAUCUACCUGAGCCCCAUCUCCAGUAUUUCCUUUGGAUACUCAGGAAUGGGAAAAGGACAGCACAGGAUGCCCUCCAAGGAUGAGCUGGUCCAGAGAUAUAACAGAAUGAAUACCAUCCCCCAGACCCGAUCCAUUCAGUCGAGGUUCCUGCAGAGUCGGAAUCUAAACUGUAUAGCACUUUGUGAAGUGAUUACAUCCAAGGACCUCCAGAAGCAUGGGAACAUCUGGGUGUGCCCUGUCUCUGACCAUGUCUGCACACGGUUCUUCUUUGUAUAUGAGGAUGGUCAGGUGGGCGAUGCCAACAUUAAUACUCAGGACCCCAAGAUACAGAAGGAAAUCAUGCGUGUGAUCGGAACUCAGGUUUACACAAACUGAGGGGGCCCCAGCCCUCGUACCACCCCCAUUCCCCCGGGAUCCAUCCACCCUCACAAAAAGGGCUCAGGAGCAGCGGACAGGGCUGCCCUGAGGACAAGGGGCCAUUAUCAAGGGGCAGGAAAAGGAUAAAAGCGGCGGCCUUCAUGGUGGAAAUUGACCCAGGAACUACUCCACAUUUGGAUGGCCCAGAUUGACUCCCUACCCCUGAUUGUCCCAGUUGACUUCACCCUGUUUGUAAAUAAAACAAUAAAAUGGAAGGUGCUGUGGACUGGA